AUGUGGAACGACAAGUUUUUCGUUCUAAAUACGCUCAAUGCGGCAGCACUUCUAUUCUCUAUAAUAGUUCUAAGUCUGCUGGCUGGAUGGGCAUCAAAUACACAAAGGGACUUUGACAUUUUACACCCAACCGACUUGUUUCUCACGACAACGAUUGCCGUCGUAUCUGGAAUGUUUAGUUCCGGUAACAUAAUUCCGUCGGUCAUGCGACGAUUAGGAUAUUCAAAAUUCGUUUACAUGACUCAGCGUAUACUGGCCGGUUCGUGGUUUCUUGCCUUUAUGUCUAUGACACUGUUGGAGAACAAGAGUGGUAUUUUGGAUAAAAACCUGGAAUUGACUUCCGAGACUGCAAAUGUCGAAGCCGCCAUACUGGUCAAUAGACUCGCUAAUGUUAUCAGAGUAUUGACGAUUUUUAAUGGAUGCAUAUACGUUGGUCUUUCGUAUAUCGUUUACAAGAUAAGCGUAGGCAGAGGACUAUCAAACUUAACCAAGCUUGAAAAGUUUAUUCGGCACAGUCAGUACAUACUUCGAAACAGUCAGUGCUUUUUCCGAAACAGUCAAUCCGGUUUUCGUCAGUCCAUGUUUGCAAAUAACGAUACACUUAAAUCCCAGCCCACGGAGGUCGUUAUUCGUGUACCAGAUCGCGCAUUUACCAAAGAAACACGCGAAGACGAAAAACAAGUGUAUGCGUGUGCAUUGUAUGAUUACAAUGGCUCCGAUGAAGUCGACUUGAGAUUCAAAGAAGGAGAAGUUAUUAGAGUAACAAAGUACAGCCGGAAUCAAAAUGAGUGGUGGGAAGGAGAAGUAAACGGACAAUAUGGAGAGUUUCCUGGUACAUACGUGAAAGUGGUCUAA